AUGAGCACGAAUUGUACUAGUCUUCGACACAAAUGUGUAUAUGAUCAAAAUAAUUUAUUUACAUUACUUCUAGCCGUUGGUGGUCUCGUUGGUGGCGUCCUUGGUGAUCCCGGUGGUGGCGUCGAUGGUCGACCAGAUACGCCCCCAAUCUCGGUGCUUCUACACGAUACACACACACCCUCACCUGCACCGGUGACUGUGGGUGAGGGUGAUUAA